AUGUUCGGACCGAGUGCAUCGCAUAUCCAGUCUCACAGGGAUGUGCCCGUCGAACAACUAUUCACCAAACUGGAUAUCGUCGGCAAAGGCGCUUAUGGGGCCGUCUACAAAGGUAUUCAUAAUGCCACUCGAACCGUAUUAGCCCUCAAGGUUAUCAACCUCGACACAGCAGAGGACGACAUAAUCGAAAUCCAACGCGAGGUCGCCCUUCUCUCCCAGCUCAGGGACUCAGACAAACACAACUGCAUCGGCUACCACGGCUGCUACUUCUACAAGACCGAGCUAUGGAUCGCAAUGGACUUCGCCUCCGGGGGCUCCAUCCGCACCCUCCUCAAACCGGGCAAGAUCGACGAGAAAUACACCCAGCUGAUCAUCCGAGAAACACUGAUCGGGCUCAACUACCUCCAUCGCCAGGAGAUCAUCCACCGGGACAUCAAGUCCGCCAACAUCCUCCUCACCAACUCCAACCGAGUCCUGCUCUGCGACUUUGGAAUCGCCGCCCCACUCCAGUCCACCAACCACAAGCGCUCGACGUUUAUCGGCACGCCCUACUGGAUGGCCCCCGAAGUGAUCACCGACGGCAAACUCUACGACACCAAGGCCGACAUCUGGUCUCUCGGCAUCACCCUCUACGAAAUGCUCAACGGGAACCCGCCCUUCUCCGACCUCACCCCCGCCAAGGUCAUCCUCAAGAUCCCCCGGAGCCAGCCUGCCAAACUCGAGGGCAACCAAUUCUCAAACGGCGUCAAAGAAUUCUUGGCUGCCUGUCUGAUCGACGAACCGAACGAUAGACCUACGGCUGAAGAACUCUGCAAACACAAAUGGAUCAAGUCCAUCAGCAAAGCUCCGCUAUCCCCACUCAAAGACCUCACCGCACGAUAUUCACGCUGGAUCAACUCCGGCGGCGUCCGGCAAUCUCUCGCCGAUAUCACAACCCUAGACCAAACCAGUCCCGGGCCUGACUCGCCCCCGCUAGACAAAGCUGACUGGGAUUUCAUGGAUGAUCACGAGCUGAACAGUUACAAGAUGGAUGGCAUCAAUGCAAUCGACCCCCGAGAUCAGGCGGCCGAUUCUAAGGAUGGCGCAGUCACCCUAAGGCCACAGCCAACAGCACCGCUGCGACCCACACGACCGCAUCGUCUGAUGAAACUGUUCGAAGAGGAUAGCACGAGCGAGAAUGCCGGCUCGAUGUUCAACAAAUUCAGCUUCCAACACUCCUACGCCAAUCCGAUCUCGCCAGUCAACAACUCCUAUGGCUCCUCUGCCCAAUCCUCCCCCGUCGUCGGCCUUGGCUUCCCUGUACCUGGGAUGACGGGUCCCCAAAACGACCUGAGGAUGGAGCUCGCCGCGCCCACCAUCUCGAUUCCUAGCACCGAAGAACUGGAAACCUACCUCGAGCCUCCAUACACCGGAGACCCAACGAACCCCAACCGGCCGUUCUCCCCAUCUACCUCAUCAUACAACCGCUCCAUCACCCCUACACCCUCCAGGCUCAAACAGACCUCCUCGGGAGCCGCAUCUUCCAACAAGAGCAAGUCAAUGACUGACGGGACUCCUCUUUCGCCAAGUCCUCCUCUGGCCUUGGACACCCACACCUCGAACCCGUCCAAACCCCUCCUUCCCUUAGGCGUCUCGCCCCCGCCCCUACCCUCGUCGCCUUCGCUGCCACUGGUGUCGAAGAAAGAGGCCGAGACAGCACAUGCACAUGGGUCGGGCCUGAGUCGGAGCCGGGCGAACACGGCGCCCCUGGGCGACGGCAACAAGCUCCCCACGAGCGCCCACAGCCCCGCCCUGCCCUCGCCCAUGUUCAAUCGCGGAAACUUUUCGGGCGCGGCUAGUGGGGGCAAACAGUUUGCUGGGAACGGGUUCAGCUUCGGCGGCCCCUCGCCAUCGUCGGCCACGAGCUCGCCCGUCACCCUUGUCCCCGGCACCAGCGAGUUCGGCUCGACCUACAUCCAGCCUACCAGCGGGCCGGGCCAGGCCGGCGGGAUGAAUGGGGGCACGGGGACGGGCCACUCCCAUGUGCUCUCGCCCGACCGGGAGCGGAACUUGAAGAGCGGGGGCUCGAGCUCGUCCGGAUACCCGAGCACCAGCGGCACUCUGUCCCCCAGUCUUCCGCCGGGUCCGACCAGCAUCCGUACACGCUCGACGGCCGACGCCACCGGGCCUGCCAUCACCAAGCUCGGCAACCCCAGUCUGUCUUCCUCGAUGAGCUCGGCCACCAGCCAGGCCCUGUCCACCGGCUCCACCAGCCACAAUGUCUUCCCCCCCGUCCUCUCCUCCGCCAGACCCGGCCCCGUCUCCGCCGCUACCCCCCUUGCCCCCGUCCAGCUCAUAUCCAAUUGGCCCACCGGCGACCGCAUCAAAUCCCGGGCUGACCUUAACUACCAUUUGCUUAAGGACGUCAAGGACGUUAAGAUCCAGCUCGAGAAUAACCUCUUCGAACUUAGUCGCUGGCUCGAGACUUGCGACGCUGGCUUGGGCCUCUUGAUCGACUCUUUGAAAUAA